AUGAGUCCAAUGGAUUCAAGAAACAUCCCGGAAAGUGUUGAAAAGCGUCCAACAGCUAGUGAGGAGGACGAUCUGCAAGAAGAGUUAACGCUCGUCACACGUGUGGUGAAUAAAAUCGGUCAGCGAAAUGUGCGUACUUGCAACUUACCGCAACGAUCGAUACGUUUUGUGAAGGAUCUGGUGACAACAUUAGUGGAAGAACAAUGGCGUUACGCAUUGCUUGUAUUCGUCGCCAGUUACGUCGGAAGCUGGGUGCUGUUUGCCGGUCUGUGGUACAUUCUCUCGUACGCGCACGGUGAUCUAAUGCAAGAUCCAACCACCGGCGAGCGGCUAGGAGACGGUGUUAUGCCUUGCGUAGAUGGUGCCACAACUUUCCCGGGCUUCCUGCUCUUCAGCAUGGAAACUCAAAUAUCCACCGGCUAUGGGGCGAAAGUGCCAACCGAAGAAUGUCCCGAAUCGUUCGGGUUGCUUACGAUUCAACUGAUCGUGGGAUUACUCAUCGAUGGUGCCAUUCUCGGUGUGGUGUACGCUAAACUGGUUCGUCCGCCGCAGAAAAUAUCCGAGAUGAAGUUUAGCCGACGAGCGGUUAUCUGCCAGCGGGAUGGGCAGCUUUGCUUCGUCUUUCGCAUCUGCGAUCGCAAGUGGCAGCAUGCGAUCGAAACGAAGGUGACGGCCGUUAUGCUCGAGUCGAAGCGUACCGCUGAAGGGGAACUGAUCGAGAAGUGUGAAUCGUACCUGAAGCUUGAGAACGACGGCCGGUUGGUAUUGCUCUGGCCAGUUACCGCCUGUCAUGUGAUCGAUCGCCACAGCCCACUGUACGGUCUGUCGGCGGCAGAACUGCUCAAGCGCAGGCUAGAAAUUGUGAUAACGAUUACCGGCGGUACGAUGACGACGGGCCAAAUUAAUCAGGCGCGCACAUCGUACGUACCGUCGGAGAUUUGUUGGGGUCACCGGUUCUGUAAUAUGGUGGAAUACGACACACGAAAGCAAUCUUAUGUGGCGGUAAACGAACGAAUGCAUGAUAUCGAGCAGGUCGAUACACCGCUUUGCAGUGCCCGUCAGUUAGACAUUCUAAAAAAGCGAUUACAAAACGAUGUGAAUGGAGAAAACUACACGGAAGAAUCUUCCGAAAGCAAACCUCAACCAACCACUGUUGAAUGA